CCGAAGUCUUGCCAACAGCUCCAAUCAUUGCACUUCUAACAUCUUAGCCUUCGCCAGACAUGUCCGAGAAUGUUGGUCUCUCCACCCCUCGGGGCAGUGGGACAUCCGGCUACGUCCAGCGGAACUUGUCGCAUCUGAAGCCGCGCGAUAAUGGCGCGCCGUACCCCAAAGAUCGCGAUGAGUACAAGUUCAGACAGCGACAACCGAAUAAAGAAAUCAUCGAGCACGAGGAACGGCUCAAACUUGAGAACGAAGUGCUCAAAUAUCGGGACGAGCUCGAAGAAAAGUUAGAGACAGGUGACGACGCCAGAAGGGACUUGACCGAGGAUGUGAUCGAAGAGAAAGUUGAUGCUUAUAGGAAGAAGCUAGAGAGCGACAGGGUGAAUUCCAAGAGCUCAAAAACAACGGCAAAGGGUCUCAAGAGUCAUCAAGUACACGAACUAGGCCAGGCUAAGAUCCAGGAGAUGGAAAACAUGCGCAAAGCCUUGAAGAUCCGGGACGAUUAUGAAGAGGGCGGUCACUGGAAGGAGAAAGAGGAAAGACUGCGUGAACGAGGGGACCGCGAAGAGGAGCAGCGUAGUAAGAAUGGUCGUUGA